AUAAAUGUUCAUACUCAGAAGUCAGAACAAUAAUCAGCAAAGACAAAACAGUUACUUGGAUAUAAUUUCCCCUUGUCAAACCUACCCUCUGUAAGCAAUCCGCCAUGGACACAUUAGCAGCUCGAUUCAAGCUCUUCGUUUUGCCCUUUCUAUCCAUUUCUUUGCUUUUCUUACCUUUUCUCCAGGCCACUGAUUUCGAUUACUGCGAUAAUAAAGGUAAUUACGUUGUAAAAGUCGAUGGAGUCGACAUAUCACCUAAUCCUGUGAUUAGCGGGAAACCGGCCACCUUCACGAUCUCAGCUUCUACUGGUCAAGCUAUCACUGGUGGCAAAGCGGUGAUUGACGUUUACUUCUUCGGGUUUCAUAUCCAUCAAGAAACUCAUGACCUUUGUGAGGAAACAUCUUGCCCUAUUACUGUUGGCAACUUUGUGCUCUCUCACAAUCAAGUUUUACCUGGUUUUACUCCACCUGGUUCCUACAAACUUAAGAUGACAUUAUCAGGUGCGGGAAUUAAACAGUUAACUUGCAUUUCCUUCGAUUUCAAAAUCAGUUUUGGUGCUUCUGAAUCUUCAGUCUCUGAUAGCUGAUCAGCCCACCAAGUAUAUAUAUGAAAUAUGGACUGCAGUAGGAUGUUAUAUCUUGUUUAUUGCGAACAGAUCUCACAUUCUGCAAUAUUUUGUACUUGUAUUCCGUAUUAUCGUUCUUGUGAAGAUGUCAUGAGACAAACUACGUUUACAUGGAAGUCACUCCAAUCUGCUGAUUGCUGAAUCAUGUUAACAAUGUUAAUUUCCCUUAAUAUCAAAUCAUUUUACAUGCUUGUA